AUGCUGGGACACUUCACUAUGUGCGAGGAUGAGGAGGGUUUCCUUAUUCAACCAAAGGAGUUAACGCAGUUCGAACGGGAGACUCUGAUCACCGACCUCACGGGAUGUGUGGAGGUUGGGAUGCAAGCCUCUGUGACACUGGGGGAAACCAUGAGGAACAGCCACAACAUCAACCACCAGUAUUUGGACAGCCGAGCUUACAACCUGGCUAUGAAUGGUGGGAUGAAGUUCGUGGACAAGAAGAUGCCAAGCAACAACGCCGGCGGUUACAACGAACAAGCCGAGCGUGGAGGACAUUGGAUACUUAUGUGUCCCCGGGCAUCGACCAUCUGGCACAACAGCGUCUUCAAGACCUUCUACCUCGACUACCUGAACAAACAGGGAUUAUGUCAACGCAAUGUUUGGGGUGACUGGUUGGCCGCCCCUACUGAAAACAAACAUGUGAAGGCCACACCGUGCCGUCUGCUGACAUCGUCGGAGCAGCUUGGAUCUGAAAUAGACAGUCGGCAGAAGCGGGGUGAUAAUCGCGCCAUCCCCGAACCGCUCCUGCGAUGCUGUGUUGCAGACUGCAUAAAAAUGCCUUCCGAUGACCUCUUCGGCCUGCGGGAUGAGCCGCUGCUGGCAGAGGAGCUGACUCCUGAGGACCGAAAGCGCGCCGAGAAGAUGGUGCGCCGAGGUGUACAUCCGGAGGUGAUCAAGAUUGCCCUCAGCCACCAAUGCCCUGAUUGUCUUGAAACCCGGCUGGCCGAUCCAUCUCCUGCGGUGAGUCUGCAACAGACGGAUGUUCCAUGGAAAGUGAUUGUGCUUGAUAACGCUGAGUUUCGAGUAGGGGAUCAAGUUGUUCACUUCAUGCUGAUCAUUGAUGAGGCGACCCACUGUGCAGCUUCCUCUGAGUUGUUCCGGCGACAUAUAGAUGAAGGCAGGAACGCCACCGCAGAAGAAGCCUUGAAAGCGAUAGAGCAAACGUGGGUGCAAAGCUUUGGAUAUCCCGAUCGUAUCCGAUUGGAUCCCGAAGGCUGCUUUCGAUCGAGGUUGCUUGAAGAUUGGGCAGCUCAGCGGGGAAUUGAGAUCAUGCCGAACCCCGGUGAAGCUCAUCACCAAACUGGGCAGGUGGAGUCCCUGAUCGGCAAGAUCAACUCGGAUGCUACGACAUUGCUUCAUGGUGAGGAGAUGGACCCCUACAGAGCAAUCCUGAAUGUCGUUGCUGCCCACAACACCGUACAUCGAAAGCAAGGAUUCUCCCCUUGCCAGUGGGCCUUCGGGCGGGAUUUCACGAUAGAUGGUCGCUUGUUUGAGUCGGAACAAGGACUACCUGUUCUCCAAGGACAACUUGAUCCGCGGCAUGCCAUCGGAAAGUCCUUGAACUUGAGAGUGAUGGCCGAAGAAGUGUACAAGAAAUCCCAGGCAAGUCAGCAGCUGAGCAG